AUGGAUAUUGACCCUUCAAUUUCACCAAAAGCUCCCCACAAUUCAAUUUAUUCCACCCCUUUCUUCUAUUUUAAUUCUCAACUGUCGGUCUUUAUUUCUUCCAUUUUUCGCACGACAAACUAGAACAGAAAUCGUUUCUUAAACAUUUAAUUUAAAACUUUAUACAAUGAUAACCCAAUUUUCUCUCUCCUCUAAACACCUUCUCUUUUCUCCCUUGUUAUUACCUGCUUCUCCAACUCUACCACCAUUGAAUUUAAUCAAGAAUUGUUCAUAUAAAAAUUCAUGUAAAAAGAAUGGAUCAUAUAUUUUGGACCGACCAUUAUUCACGACAUUAUUUUCUAAGAGAAAGCAGAGUUUAAAGGUGGUUGCUUCUUCUUCAACUAACGUGGCUGCACCUCUUUGGGACACUUGGUCACCUGAUAAAGCCACCCCUUCUCCUUCUUUCAGUGAUAUUCUUUGGCCUUCUCUUGGGGCAUUUGCGGGAAUGGCAAUGUUGGGAAAAAUGGACCAGAUACUAGCGCCAAAAGGAUUGUCAAUGACAAUAGCGCCAUUAGGAGCUGUUUGUGCUGUUUUAUUCAUCACCCCUAAAUCUCCAGCUGCUCGGAAAUACAACAUGUUCAUGGCUCAAAUAGGGUGUGCAGCAAUAGGAGUGUUAGCAUUCACACUGUUGGGACCAGGUUGGCUUGCCAGGGGUGCUUCUCUUGCUGCUUCCCUGGCUUUCAUGAUUUACACCAAAUCUACGCACCCUCCUGCUGCUAGUUUGCCAUUGUUAUUUAUUGACGGAGCUAAACUUCAUGGACUCAAUUAUUGGUACGCGUUUUUUCCUGGUGCUGCUGGAUGCAUCCUCCUCUGUUUCCUUCAAGAAUUUGUUUACUACUUGAAGGAGAAUUUCAAGUUUUGAAUUGAAAAGGGAAAUUUUUUGAUAAAGUAAGUAAUUGCCCUCCGAAAAGCAAAAUUGAGGAGUGUAUUUCAUGAUUUUUGAGGCACUUCUGAAAGUUUUGGACGACAGACACCAGUUUAACUACGUACUGGUAGCCUGGUAGGGUUGCAAAUAUGGAGAUUCCGUACAAAAUGUACAGGAAAUUGGAUUCGAGCACUCGAUGUAAAUCAAUUGAUAAAUAUAAUUCUUUGUAUAAAUAAAUAUUAUCAUUAAUUUUGUAUUAGUAAGUUCUUUAUCAUUAAUAGGCUCUGUAAUAUAUACUUGUAUAUUUCAUUGGAAGAGUACAUUUGCUUCUUCCAUCAUAUGGUGUACGUCUUGAGGAAUGUGAAUUCAUACGGUCGAAAAUGAGCAUAAUCGUGCAGAUUUUGACCGAUGCAUAUGCCGUCAGAGGAUUUGGGCCUUUUAUAAUUGCAUGCAAUGCUCAUUUUUGUAAUGAACUCGUAGUUUCCUAGUAAAUGCCAAUAUUACCAUCAGACAUCAGUCCAUCACAUAAUUCACAUGUACCAUGGUCGAUGUACUUCGUAUGUAGUGUGUAUAGCAUUAUAUAAAUGUCAGAUCUUAUGAUUGUUA